CUACGUCGGUCGUGCGGGCGUUUUUCGCUAUUCGCGCGUGGAACAGACAUUUUCGUGCGAAAUUAGAAAAUGUUUAUUACGCCAAACAACACAAAAGCCACAACGUAACAAAACAACAAACAAGCGAAAUAGAGAGAGAAAGCAGCUGCAGCAGCGUCAAGUGCGUGUGUGUUUCAAAGAUAAACUCCACAGGGCCCAAGAAGCUUCGGAUACUGCUUCACAUUCUACACUAAUAAGCAAUCAGCAAAAUAAAUCAGCUACAACAUGCGCUUUGAGCCGUUGGGCCAGAAAAUGUUCACGCGCCGAAAUUGGCUGUUGCGCUGCAGCAUUCUGAUAAAUGUUGCCGUCAUUCUGUAUAUUGGUAGUCAGCUGAUGAUUGGCGGCGGCAAUAAUUUCGCCAAUGGCGGAAGCUUUAUGCUGCAGGAGCAGCAACAGCCCAUGGUGUCGGCGCUACAAAUGGCAGCAGCGUCACAAGUGCCACAGCAGCAGCCAACGCCCAAGAAUCAGAAUUCCGCAGCGAUAUUUGAGGCAGAGGAGCGACUGCUGGCGCAUGCGGAUGCCACAGGCGCAGCAGAGGUGGCGGCAGCAGCAGCAGCGGCAGCAGCUGCGGCGGCACAAGCAGCUGAGGCGGCGCUUCCUGUUCCAGCGAACGACAGCGGUGGAGCACCCAGCCUGACCGAUCCCAACCAGCUGAUUGGGAAUAUCGGUGCAGGCGGCAAUGCGGUGCCAAAUCCCGAACUUAACAACACACAAUCCGACAGCUACAUCGUCACCGGAGACGAGAAGGAGCUGGAGGAGCGCGUGAGAUCGCUGAUCAAUUGCUACGAUCGUGACUAUCAUCAGCAGACGCUGCAACGCGGUGACUUUUGGGUGCUGCAGAACUACGUGCGAGCGGAGCACGGCGAGGUCAAGUGCCACGAAUCCAUCACGUACACCACCCAUGCGGAUUACACGUUCCUCGACAAUCUCAUUCCGCUGCUGGAGCGUUGGAGUGCACCCGUGAGCAUAGCCAUGCAUGCGCCGGGCACAGAUUUCCAGCCCACCGUGGACUCCAUUCGAUAUCUGAGGGAGUGUCUGCCGGGCAGUCAUCUGGUGCGUGCCUACACCACUUUUCACAUAUACUUUGGCACAAAGCACAUACCCCGUGCGGUGCCCAAGCCCCAGGAUGUUUUCAAGACGGGCUACAACUGCACGUUGCCGCCACCGUACUUUAACAUCACGUCGGGCCAUCUGUAUAAGGCACAGAAGAAACUGUUGUAUCCAGUGAACGUGGGUCGGAAUAUAGCACGCGAUUCUGCACUGACGCACUUUAUUCUGGCCUCGGACAUAGAGCUGUAUCCGAAUCCGGGUUUGGUCAAGAAGUUCCUUGAAAUGAUUGCUCGGAAUGAGCAGUAUUUAAGGAGGAAGGCGCCAAGAGUAUUUCCCCUUGCCAUCUUCGAGGUGGAGGAGAGUUCCCCUGUGCCUCAUGACAAAACCGAGCUGCAGGAGUUCUUGCGCACAGGCAAGGCGAUACCCUUCCAUAAACGCGUCUGUGCCAGCUGCCAUGGUGUGCCCAAGUCCAAGGAAUGGAUGGCGGCCAAUGAAACGGAUGAAUUGAGUGUGUUUCACAUAGGCAAACGCACUGGCUACUAUAUCCAUUGGGAGCCCAUUUAUAUAGGCACCCAUGCAGAUCCCCACUACGAUGAGCGGCUCAGUUGGGAGGGCAAAAGUGACAAAAUGCCACAGGGCUAUGCGCUGUGCGUUUUGGAUUAUGAAUUCCAUAUAUUGGAUAAUGCAUUUUUGGUGCAUAAACCGGGCAUUAAAGUGCUGAAAAAGGAUAAUCGACGUGCCAUGUUGUCGGGCAAGACGAAUCAACUGAUACGAAAGAUCAUUUAUCCCGAACUUAAGAUCAUGUAUGGCAUGCGCAAGGGUUGUGGCAUAUAGUAACUAAUUCUAAAGCCGGAUUUAAGCGGACUGAGAGCCAAGGCAAAGGCGAAAAGACUACAGCAACAACCAGCAACACUAUUACUAUUUGCAAUGCCAUAGAUGCAGAAAUGUAAAGAUAGAUUUUAUCUAUCCAAACUAUGGCAUUAGAUGCGCCCUACAAGUGCGCGUCUCUAAAAAAUAUUAGCUAGAGACUUAGCCCUAGGACUUAAUAGAGGCAGAGAGAUGAAGCAUUAGCGUAGAUAGGCUUUAGUAUAUCAGAUCUGUUUUUCCAGGGUAUGGGAUCAGCCUUCAGUGAUCGAGUGAUCGUAAGAGCAAGAGCCCGGCUUAAGUACGUUAAACGUAGUUCGAUUUAUGUGUGUUCUUUUUUUGAAUUCUGCUCCGUAAAAUCGGUGGAACCAGAAGGGGUAGUAUGGUUCCUACUUGCAUACUUCCUUCAUCUAAGCUUCCUGUAAAUAUUAUUCAUUACCGUAGACAGACACUCGAGGAUUUGGUUGGAUAAAUAUCUCUAAUACGAGUACUACUACUCAUAGGCAGUCAUUAUUCAAUUACUAUUAAGUUAAGCGUUUACUCUAGCCUCUUUACAACUAAGUUUAUAUUUUAGUUUAGCCGAAUUCAAACCCAUAAACAUUCACAAGAGUUGAGUUGAGUUUUGUUUGUUCUUUUUUAAUGUCUCUUUUCGAAAUACUCAACUUUUUGUAUGCCAGAAACGAGAGAGAUGAGAUCUAAAUAUUUUGUUAUGGUUUGUACUGUUCUGAAGCUUUGUCUUGGGCCAUAACUUGUAGGUACUACAUUUCUGUUUUAGGCCAAUAUUAUUUAUGCAUAUGGGCAAUUGUAGACUUAACUGCAAAAGACCAAAACGUAGCUACUCAACAACUUCGCAGAGAAAUGUUGAAAAUAAAAACAAAACUACGUGUUACGCAUAGACUUUUGAGAGUUGCUAAAAAGAAAACAAAAUUAGAGGGCUACCAGCAAAAAAAAAACACAAGAUGAAAAACAAAGAAAGCAAAUGCAACCGCAUUGCAGUUAAUGCAAAAUUGAAAGAAAAAAAAACACAUUUCAAUAAGCGUAAAUGGAAAAAAUAAAAAACCGUGAUAUUUGUACUAGUAAAAAGAGAGACGGGAGAGUCGCCAGAGAUGGGAUGGAGGGAGAAACGUUAAAUGUGUAAGCGACAAAUGGUCAAAACAGAGAAGAAAACAUUAAAUAAAAAAAUCCAAACUUAAAAUUAGUUUUGUAUAUGUUUUUUAUUAGUGUUGAACAUUAAGUCAAACUUGUGCACAUAUAAAUGUUAAAAACAUCAAGACAAAAAAAUCGAAACUAAAUCGAAACU